AUGCUUUCUACGUCGAUGCUCGGCACCCAACUUGUUUUUCCGACAAACCAACGGUCAGAUUUAUCACGCUCGCCCGUCGUUAGAAUGAAUUACGAGCCAUUUUCACACCGUCCAUCUGAACCUUUAAAACGAGAGGGCCCUCAGCCGGAGGCAACAAAAAACUUCCUUUCAUCGAGAAUCGGUAUGACGUUUGGCAAGAUAGCAUCAGUUCCCCUCCAUUUUGUCGUUGUGGGCGGUGGUAUCACUGGAUUGACGUGUGCUUUUGGUCUUCGGCUUAUAGGGUAUUCCGUUACUAUUUUAGAGAUGAAAACCGCGCCACAUUUUCGUCAAACAACUGAGUCAGAAACUUGUCGAAUACCACCCAACUUGACUAAAAUCCUAUAUAAGUGGGGCCUAUGCGAGGCAAUCCAGGAUAUAUCUAUGCUAUGCAAGGCCAUUCACAUGCUUCAACUCGAUACAAGAGAAUAUCUAGGCGGUUAUGCAUGGGAUGACGAUCUCCUGUCGGAAACGGAAGGAGAAUUAGCAUUUGUACAACACGCACAGUUAUGGGAACUGCUUUAUCGUAUUGCCAUACGCUCUGGUGUCGACUAUCGCUUCAACGGGGAAGUCGUCUGUGUUGAUCCUGCACAAGCCGUUGUAACCCUCAAAUCUGGGGAGGUUGUUGAGGGCGAUGUAGUCGUAGGCGCUGAUGGCCUCGAUGGGAUAUGUCUACAAUACAUGAAGUACUCAGACACCCUCCUCGGUGACACAGGCGUUAAGAUGAUCAAUGUUACUACAUCGAAGCAAGUCAUUUUGGAUCAAUUGAACGUCGUUUCUCCGUCCGAGUCCCAUGUCGCAGAUAUGUUCGUUUGGAUGGGAAACGGACUUUCGAUUAUGGGUUUACCGAUUGUUCGACCCGAUACCUAUAACCCUGAUAGCAACACGUACGCGAAAUUUUGCGAAAAUAAUCCCGACUUCUAUAUUUCCAUCUAUGCCUAUAACGAUUUACACUCGAGGGAUUUGCAUGAUUUCGAGUCCAGGGGCAAAAACAUACCACUGCGUGGGGUGUUACCGGAGUGGGUCAACGGCAGACUUGUUAUCAUAGGUUCGGCGGCACAUCCCCUUCCUCCAGGCUCAUUGCAGGCUCAUGCGUUAGCCGUCGAGGACGGUGCAGUUCUCGCAAGGUUGUUCUCACACCUGAGUUCGGCGAAUCAAAUAGACGAUCUUUUACGUGCUUUUCAAACCGUCCGACAACCUAGAUGUGAUGAAAUUCACACUAGGGAGUACGGGAUCGUCUUCUUCAUGACUAUGUCGCCCGGCCCAGAAGAAGAAUACCGGGAUCAUGCGCUUCGUGUCAGGCGGGAUGCAUGUUCUUCGAUUAUCAGCGGCAAUUUGGAUCUGAUAGGGACGAUGGAAGAAAGAGAGGUUAGGGAUAUCUUUGGUUAUGAUGCUCUGGAAGAGGCGGACCAAUGGUGGGCGGGUUGGGGUAUCUGCCGCGAAAGAUCCGAAACAAGUACCCCAGGAAGUCUACUACUUGGAACCCUCCAUGGGAAACGCCUCGUGGUGGAAGUCGAGAGAUCAAAAUCGGUGACAGUUCUUCCACUUUUCCCUUGA